UUUGUAGAAGCUGUCUCUUGAAGUACUUGGAGUCAUCUUAUAACUGUCCAAAAUGUACAACAGAAAUUCAUAAAACAAAGCCACUUGAAUAUACAAGGUCAGAUCCGGUAUUACAAGAAAUAGUGUAUAAACUGGUUCCUGAAUUAUAUUUUGAAGAAGAAAAAAGAAGAGAGAAAUGGCAGAAAAUUGACAAAAAUAUUGGUGGUUUUAGGUCAAAAAUAUGCAAAGAUCUUCGCAAAGAUAUCUCAAAAAAAAAUUCGGACAAACCUGGUUCAUUUGAGUUUACAAAAGAUAUGUUCAAUGAAUCUCGCAUACUUGUUACCUUGAAAUAUUUUAGAGGUACUUCUCGAAUAGAGCGGAUAAAAACAGAAUCUGUGCUUCAAAUGUUUCCUACACGAUAUCUUUGUUGCAAGCCUAAUAUGCCUGUUAAAGUACUUAAAAAGUUUGUCCAAUACAAAUUCGAUAUCUCUUCAGAAACAUUUCAGAUAGACUUGUGGCGUGGUGAUGAAACUUUGAUGGAUAAUCUUACACUGAAACAAAUAGUACAAAUAUAUGGUUUGUACAGAGAGAGAAAACCAUUAGAACUGCAUUUCAGUGUUUAUCCUAAUUCAAAUGGCAGUAAAGAAACUGACGGUACUCAAAAUGACGAGAAUGUGGCGUCAUAGAGGGAAUGUGUCGGCAAAAUUAGAAUGUGGCGUUAUAGCGAGAAUGCCUCGUCAAAAAGACGGUUCUCAUAUUAAAAUUUGGUGAUUUAAAAAAUGUCAAAACAACAUCGGAUUAUUAGUUA